AUGACAUUCUUAAUUCUUUUGAACAUUGCAUUAUUAAAUGCAUCUAAUACAAGUACAAGAGCUACAGUUAAUACAUAUAUCUCAAUUGGAAAUAGUCAAGUUAUUACAAUGCCAGUUUCUGAUUUUAGGUUAAUGAAUUCAGUAGAAGAUAUGUGGACAGCUGGAUUAUCUACACUUCCUGUUUUAAUUAUGGUAUUCUCUGGAAUUUGGCAUUAUGCCAAAUUAUCUAUGCUUGGUUCAUAUGUUAUGGUAUUGAUUAUUGUUGCAUUUUUCAUUGACAUUCCAUUACCAAUAAGACAUCCAGAAUCUAUUAAUGAUCCAGUCAAGAUCUAUUUAUAUGUUUAUCCCGCAUAUGGAUUUGUUACAUUGAUGUUAAGAACUAUUGCAUCAGUAAUUAUGUCACAUGUUGUUGUAGGUGUACAUAAUGUAGUUAUUCAUGAUAAACAAAGUAAUCAUGGAGAAGAUGUACUUAAGUAG